AUGUCAUGUUCAAAAAGAUUUUUACCUGAAUUAACUAUUGAAGUUACAAAAUAUCUUCAGAAUGAUUAUUCAACUUUAUAUUCAUGCAUCUUAGUUAACAGAUUCUGGUGUCAUCUAGCAACUCCAUUAUUAUGGGAAAAUCCUUUUUCAAUCCGUACUGAAAACUAUAAUUUUAUUGAAAUUUAUUUACAAUUUUCAAAUGAUGAUUUUAAAACAAAAUUAAAAGAAUAUAAUAUUAUUAAUAAUUCAUUAUCUUCGAAAACACUAUUUAAUUAUCCUAGUUUUUUAAAAUACUUGAAUAUACAUAAGCUUAUAAUCUCUGUUCAAGAAUGGUAUGAUGCUUUUAAUAUUAAAGCUUCAAAAUCUGAAAAUAGUGUAUUGGAUUUGGAUUUUAAAAGAUUGAUUUGUAUAUCACUAUUUAGAAUUUUUAUUGAAAAUGAAGUAAAUUUAUAUACCCUCGAAAUUGAAAUAGACUUUAUUAAUAAUAAUUGUUAUUACCCAUGUCUUAAUGAUAUUCUUGAAUUAAUUUUACAAAAUACAAAUUUCAUCCACAAUAUUAGAAAUUUAAACUUUUUUAUUGAAAGUAUUGUAGAUUAUAGUCGCGAAUUUGCAUUGACUAAAUAUCGUAUAUUACAAAUAAUUAAUUUACAUCAAAACCUUAAGAAAAUUUUAUUAGGUCAUGAUAAUCUUCAUUUAUAUCAAGAAUUAUUAUCAUCAGAAGAUUUAUAUAAUUGUUCAAAUACUUUAAAUACAAUCAUUUUCUAUUGCAUUAAUUUUAAUUAUAUAACCAAUUUAAAUAGAAUAUUUGACCAAUUAAAUGGUUUAAAAUCCGUUCAUAUCAUUGAUUGUUUAUCUUUAAAUAAUUAUUUUGCUCAACAAAUUAUUAAUUUAACUAAACCAUUUAAACUAAAAUCUUUGUCUAUACGGGAGAUAUCAGAAUCAGAAAUUGAAUCAUUAAAAUUAUUAAUACAAAAAUCAUGUGAUUAUUUAGAAAAUUUUGGGUAUGGUGGUUCUAAAUAUGAAAUUUAUGAUUCACUAUUAGAACAACAAAUAUUAGGAUUAAUUAUAACAUGUUGCAAAAAUAUCAAAUUUCUUAAUCUGAUUAUAGAUGAUAAUCAGCAGAAGAUCUAUCAAGAAUUCAAUUUAAUUGAAAAUAUUAAACAAAAUCUUAAUUAUCUUUCAAUCACUAUAAAUAAUAUUGAAUGUAGUUCAAUUUUAUUACAAAAUUUAGGACAAACCAUUCCUUCUAAAUUAGAAUAUUUACAUUUGUAUCUUAAUUGGAUUAGAGAAUGUGAUAUUGAGGUAUUUCUAAAAAAUUCUCAAGAUACUUUUAUUAAAAAAUUAUUGAUCCGUAGCAUUUAUAAUCAAAAAGAUAUUUUACCCACUAUAAAAAAAUAUCUCUUUAAAAAGAGAAGGGUUAAGUAUUUGGCUAUUGAUGUUAUUUAUAAUAUGUAUGAUAAGAUAUCGUUUUCAUUGAAAGAUGAAACGAAGGAAUUUAAGCUGAAUGAUGUUAUAGUACAAAGUUAUCAUAGUUUAGUGAUAAAUAAACUUAAUUUUAUAAAGGAAGUUUAUUAA